CUGACAGAAGCGCGUCACCAUAAAGAAGUUGUGUGGAAGUUUGACGGAAGAGGCGCAGCUGCCGGAUACAAACAAGAAGAAGAAGAAGAAGAGUGUCACACGUUUUUUACUGGUUUUCUUCUUUUUACGAACCGUAAGAAAGGAGCUUCAAGUGCCACAGAGUAGCUUUGGAAGAGAGUUUAGCUGCCUCUCACGCUUUAUGUAUCUGGAUUUACUUCUUCUAUCCCGCCGUCCUACUAUGGUCAUAAUGGAGGUCCCCACCAUCGACUCUGCGUCCCUGCGUGCCUUGUUGGAGCGCGCCGUCCCGGGCUGCCUGCUGCUGGACUGCCGCUCCUUCCUCUCCUUUAACUCGUCGCACAUAUCGGGCUCCACCAACGUGCGCUUCAGCACCAUAGUGCGCCGGAGAGCCAGGGGGGGUCUCGGACUCGAGCACAUCGUCCCGAACGAGGACACCAGGAACCGGCUGCUCUCCGGAGACUACCAGUCCGUGGUGCUGCUCGACGACCGCAGUUUGGACUUAAGUCAGGCGAAGAAAGACGGGACGCUGAUGCUCGCUGUCGGCGCUCUGUGCCGCGACCCCUCCGGAGCAAGUGUUUUCAUCCUCAAAGGUGGGUUUGACACAUUUUCCACAGAGUAUCCAGAGAUGUGCACCAAACCCUCCCCUCCUCAAGGUCUCAGUCUACCCCUGAGCUCCAGUCACCCUGGGAGUGCAGACCCAAGCUGUAGUCCAUGCAAUACCCCUUUAUACGAUCAGGGCGGCCCUGUUGAGAUCCUGCCUUUCCUGUACCUGGGCAGUGCUUACCAUGCCUCCAGAAAAGACAUGCUGGACAUGCUGGGGAUCACCGCUCUGAUCAAUGUCUCUGCCAACUGCCCCAAUCAUUUUGAGGACUCCUUCCUCUACAAGAGCAUCCCCGUGGAGGACAACCACAAAGCCGAUAUCAGCUCCUGGUUCAAUGAGGCAAUCGAUUUUAUCGACUCGGUGAGAAAUAAAGGUGGCCGUGUGUUUGUGCACUGUCAAGCUGGCAUCUCCCGCUCUGCCACUAUUUGCCUGGCCUACCUCAUGCGAACCAACCGUGUGAAGCUGGAUGAGGCCUUUGAGUUUGUCAAGCAGCGUCGCAGCAUCAUCUCCCCCAACUUCAGCUUCAUGGGGCAGCUCCUCCAGUUUGAAUCGCAGGUCCUGGCCUCGUCCACGUGCUCCUCAGAGGCGGGAAGUCCGGCUAUUGGCAAGAGCUCCACGGUCUUCAACUUCCCCGUCUCCAUCCCUGUACACACCUCCGCUGGGCAGCUCUCAUUCCUCCACAGUCCCAUCACAACCUCUCCCAGCUGCUGAGGCCGGUGUGGGCGACACAGACUCUGUUUGGACUUGAGCAGAACCUCACGAGUGACUUUGCACGGAGCACGGCACAACACACAGUCCUGACUCUAAUUCAUUUUGUGGUGAUGCUGGUAUCACCAGGCAGAAUGUGAGCUUUUGUGUAAGAUCAGCACAUUUGACUCAGAUCUGCUGGCCACAUCACUGUGGGUCAGCCUUAUAAUUUCAAGGGGAAGUUUGAUAACUACCAACAAGCAGUAUUGAUGUUAAAACUCCUUAAUGUGAGUGUAAAAUCCUGGAUGACUUGGGAUAUGGCUGAAAAAUUUGUUGCGGUUAUUCCCUAAGAGGAAACAAUGUGUAUCUGAAUAUUCUUUAUUCGAAGGACAGCUUUUUUAAUUAAGGCAACUGCUUUUGAUAAUCACAAUCAUUUUUUAAAAAUGAAACAAUUUGGAGAGAGCUAACAGUUGUCUCAGGAAUAUCCUCUGUUGUCCAGUUUGCUGUUUAUACUGGGUAAAGAAACCCUGUUGUGCAAAGCGGAAGUUGCUCCUUCAUCUAACGAACAAUGAAUGUAUCCCCAUCCCUUCAGUGUAUAUGUGGCAGAAACCUUCAUGUUCACUUUGAGAGUUGUGUGGGGUUGCCAAUACAAAUGCCAACACCUGACUUUCGAGACAUCAUGAAACGUUUAUUGAUUAUCCUGCCGUGUUUGGGAAACCGACCAUUAAAUACCUCAUGUUUCUGUACUGUGUACUGUGGCGCUGAGGCAGACGGAGCCCCAAAAACUACUAACAUGGGGGGCCUUGUAGUCUUCAGCGACUGGAUUCUGACAUAUUUAUUGAACUAAAGUAAU